CUCCCUAAAGGCAUUGGCAGCAGGCACCGGAAGCGCUUAUAAGUGUGUAGCCCCGGCAGAGUACUGUGCCACGGGAGGCCGUGAAGGGUAAGGUCCGCCGUUUCCAUCGGGACUAGAGCGCAGAGGAACCCGGACCGCAGUAGCGAUGGAGCGGGGCGCGGGGCAUCGCACCGGCAGUGCGCUGUUCGCGGGGUUCCGGGCCUUGGGGCUUUUUAGCACCGACAUUCCACACGUGGUGCGGUUCAGUGCGCUGAAGCGCCGAUUCUACGUGACGACCUGCGUGGGCAAGAGCUUCCACACCUAUGACGUUCAGAAACUUAGUCUGGUUGCAGUAAGUAACUCUCUUCCACAGGAUAUCUGCUGUAUGGCAGCUGAUGGGAGGCUAGUCUUUGCUGCUUAUGGGAAUGUUUUCUCUGCAUUUGCCCGUAAUAAAGAGGUAGUACACACCUUUAAGGGUCAUAAGGCAGAAAUCCAUCUUUUGCAACCCUUUGGGGAUCACAUUAUUUCUGUUGAUACUGACAGCAUUCUUAUUAUUUGGCACAUAUAUUCAGAAGAGGAAUACCUGCAAUUGACUUUUGAUAAAUCAGUAUUUAAAAUUUCUGCAAUUUUGCACCCAAGUACCUACUUGAAUAAAAUACUUCUCGGCAGUGAACAAGGAAGCCUACAGUUGUGGAAUGUAAAAUCCAAUAAACUACUGUAUACAUUUCAGGGAUGGAAAAUGGGAGUAACAGCUCUUCAGCAGGCACCAGCUGUGGAUGUUGUUGCUAUUGGUCUUAUGUCAGGUCAGGUUAUCAUUCACAACAUUAAAUUUGAUGAAACAUUAAUGAAAUUUCAUCAAGACUGGGGACCUAUUACUUCGAUUUCAUUUCGCACAGAUGGUCAUCCAGUAAUGGCAGCUGGAAGCCCAUGUGGCCAUAUUGGACUCUGGGAUCUAGAAGACAAAAAAUUAAUCAAUCAGAUGAGAAAUGCACAUUCUACAGCAAUUGCCGGGCUGACAUUUCUCCAUAAAGAGCCACUUCUUGUCACAAAUGGUGCUGACAAUGCUCUGAGGAUAUGGAUAUUUGAUGGUCCCAUGGGUGAAGGUCGGCUUUUGAGAUUCAGAAUGGGACAUAGCGCUCCUCUUACCAAAAUCAGAUAUUAUGGACAAAAUGGACAGCAAAUUCUUAGUGCAAGUCAAGAUGGAACUCUUCAAUCAUUUUCCACAAUACAUGAAAAAUUUAACAAGAGUUUGGGACAUGGAUUAGUAAAUAAAAAAAGAGUCAAACGUAAAGGACUUCAGAAUGCCAUGUCAGUAAGACUUCCACCCAUCACAAAGUUUGCAGCUGAGGAAGCUCGUGAAAGUGACUGGGAUAGUAUCAUUGCUUGCCAUCAAGGUAAAUUAUCUUGUUCAACCUGGAACUAUCAGAAAUCUACAAUAGGUGCUUACUUUCUCAAGCCAAAAGAGCUGAAGAAGGAUGACAUAACUGCAACAGCAGUAGAUAUAACUUCUUGUGGAAACUUUGCUGUAAUUGGUCUCUCAUCAGGAACUGUAGAUGUAUAUAACAUGCAGUCUGGUAUACAUCGAGGAAGUUUUGGCGAGGAUCAAGCUCAUAAAGGAUCUGUUAGAGGUGUUGCAGUGGAUGGAUUAAACCAGUUGACGAUUACAACUGGUAGUGAAGGAUUACUCAAGUUUUGGAACUUUAAAAACAAAAUUUUAAUCCAUUCUAUGAGCCUUGAUUCACCUCCAAAUAUGAUGCUGCUACAUAGAGACAGUGGCAUUCUGGCACUUGCCUUGGAUGACUUCACCAUUAGUGUUCUGGACAUUGAAACUAGGAAGAUUGUCAGAGAGUUUUCUGGACACCAAGGCCAAAUAAAUGAUGUGACUUUUAGUCCUGAUGGUCGUUGGUUAAUAACUGCUUCAAUGGAUUGUUCGGUUAGAACUUGGGACCUUCCAUCUGGGUGCCUUAUAGACAGCUUUUUGUUGGACUCUGCUCCUCUCAAUGUUACUAUGUCCCCUACUGGAGACUUUCUAGCCACUUCCCACGUGGACCACCUUGGAAUUUAUCUUUGGUCCAAUAUUUCCCUGUAUUCAGUUGUUUCACUACGGCCACUUCCCACAGAUUAUAUUCCUUCAGUAGUGAUGCUUCCUGGUACUUGUCAAACCCAAGAUGUGGAAUUAUCGGAAGAAACCAUAGAACCAAGUGAUGAAAUGAUAGAGUAUGAUUCCCCAGAACAGUUGAAUGAGCAGUUGGUGACUCUCUCACUCCUCCCUGAAUCACGGUGGAAAAACCUUCUUAAUCUUGAUGUUAUUAAGAAAAAGAAUAAACCAAAGGAACCACCCAAAGUACCCAAAUCAGCACCAUUUUUUAUUCCAACGGUUCCUGGCCUUGUACCCAGAUAUGCACCACCUGAGCAAAAUAAUGAUCCCCAUCAGUCUAAAGUGGUAAAUCUUGGAAUUUUGGCUCAAAAAUCAGAUUUCUGCUUGAAACUUGAAGAAGGACUGGUAAAUAAUAAAUAUGAAGCUGCUCUUAACCUUCUGAAAGAAUUAGGCCCGUCAGGAAUUGAAACAGAGCUGCGAAGCCUGUCUCCUGAUUGUGGUGGAUCUGUAGAAGUUAUGCAGAGCUUCUUAAAAAUGAUUGAGAUGAUGUUGGACAGGAAGCGUGAUUUUGAGUUAGCCCAGGCAUAUCUUGCAUUGUUUCUAAAGUUACACCUUAAAAUGCUUCCUUCAGAGCCAGUACUUCUAGAAGAAAUGACGAAGUUGUCAUCACAGGUGGAAGAAAACUGGAUCCAUUUACAGUCACUCUUCAAUCAAAGCAUAUGUAUUUUAAAUUAUAUAAAAAGUGCUUUGUUAUAAAAAUAAAUUUAAGUGACUAAAGACUUUUAUAUUAAAUG